AUGGAGGCAUCCAAUCCGGUUACUGUCUCCGAAGAAAUACCCUUUCUCGGGAUGGAGCAAGAAUCUAUUCUUUCGCUUAUCGACUUUAAUUCAGACCCUAUGCCUUCAGAUCUCGGGAGUAAUGCGCAAAACCCCAUUUUUGUAACAGAGACCAUUGAGCAGGCCCGUCAACAGCUUCAAGAAAGAAUGGGUGCCAUGGGUGGCUCAUCUACUGGCCCUACUGACCAUACUGACCAUACCGCCCAUACUGACCAUAUAUGCUCUGAACAAAACGAGGCAUUCGAGAAACUGAAAUUAGAAUUUGGGGCCAAAAGAAACCCAACCUUGGAAGAGCGGCUUCAGUUCCAAAAGGCUGAGAACGAGGAACUACAACGCCUUAACCUUGUUAAGCGUCGAAAAGAAGAGCAGCAUGAAUUACCAGCUAGCACAGCCUCAGAGCCGAGUUCCCGGCUGGAUCUUGAUUCGGCCCUUGGACCUGGUAUAACUAGCGAGCAAUAUCAGCUAUUUUGCUCGGAUGAUGAUAAAGACACCUCCAACGGAAAUAUAGGUAAACCUGAAGGGACCGCAGAAGGUGAGGUAUCUGCACUGUGCUCGGAGACUAAAGGCAAACACGCAAACGCUAGAAACAAAAUCGCGCGCAAGGCCAAAAGAGAGAAUGCGGCAUUGGGCUUUGACGCUUUUCGGCGAAGCAAGGAAAAAAAGGUGCGCCUUGAUAUUCUCGGCUUACCUCACUCUAGGAAACGACUGUAUGUUGAGAACCAAAGUGUUCGAAAACGAAAACAGGCUGGCGAAAGCAAAGAUAAAAAGUGGAAACCCAAGGUUUCGGGACGGAACAAAAAAAGACAAUUCGGUCAACUGAACUUUGAAAGCCUAUUCUCAUCAGACAUCAUCAAUGCUGCAAAGGCAAAUGUCUCAAAACCAGGGAUCCCUACAUUUUACUCAAAGGCCAAGGAUAAGGCUAUGAAGGAGCUCAUCGCCAGCAUUCCACACGCGGACCCAAAAGUCGUUACUACGGAUAAAAAAGCUAUAAUGGCGGCUAUUGUUAAAUUCACAAGAAGGCCCAAAGCCGAUGGCAAUGGCGGCUGGCUCCACCCAGAUAUGAACACUAGCUUAUUUCAUUACCAGGUUUGA